AAAACACCAACUUUUGAUCUCUCUAACCAACCAUUAUCAUAAAAAAGAACAAACUCAUUUAAGAAAAACUAUGACAGAAAGAGAAACUCCAACACCUCUUCAUAUUCACACUCAUAUCCUUUCUAUACAUACAUGAGUAUUAUAUUCUAUAGUUUGAACUAAGAAGCAACUUGAUUCAAGAUUCAAUAUUCCAAUAUGGAAGUUUCAUGCAAGAUUUUGAGAAGAUCAGUUCAUGGUUUUCUUCAAAACUAUCAUUAUUUCACUUCAUAUAUAGCUUUUCUUGUCUUUCCUUUCUCGGCUUCGAUACUUUUGUCACAAGCUUUUGUUCCUUCUCCUUCAUCUCUUUUGCCUCAAAUAUAUAACCGUUUGAGGAUUCUCUUUGAUGCUGCAGGCUUUCCUUCAUCUUCACUGUUGUUCAAUAUUCUUAAUCUUAAGGUUUCUCAAACAAUCACUUGUUCAAUCUUUUCUCUUCCUUUCACACUCACUUUUCUUCUUGUCGCAAAAGCAUCGAUAAUUCAAGCGCUUAAAGUCAAUCACAGUAAAGCAGCUUUGUCUCCUUCGCCCGCGUCGAUCAUAGCACUUUACAAGCCGCUUUUCCAUACAUAUAUCUGCAACUGUUUCUUGAUUCUGUCAGCAAAUGCAUCUUCUUUUUGUCUCAUGUUUUUGGCUUUCAGUUUCGUUGAAACACUCGGAUACUCGUCGCCUGGUUUUGUUCUCUUCAUGUCAGCGACCGGAGCAGUUCUCUUUUCUGUGAUUCUUGCCAAUGCACUUGUGAUAUGCAACAUGUCACUUGCUCUAUCUGGAAUGGAAGGACACGGAGGAUACUCGGCGAUUCUUAAAGCUUGUAUCUUGAUGAAGGGAAAGGCAUCAAUGGCUUUGUUCUUAGCACUUCCUGUUAAUGUUGCCUUGGCUGCAAUUGAGGCCUUGUUCCACUUCAGGGUUGUAAGGGAAUAUCAUAUUGAUGGAAAGGCAAGGCCUUUUGUGGUUUUAGAAGGGAUUUUCAUUGCAUACUUGUACUCAAUCUUCAUCAUCCUUGACACUACUGUGAGCUGCUUGUUUUACAAAAGAUUGAAGACAGAAUCAUGGAUUAUUCAAGAUGAGGACAAUUAUGGUUAUAUUGGCGACAAGAAUUUCGAAGAACUGCCGUAAUUAGUAACAUGAAGUAGCAUUUUAUUAGUUUGGCCAAGGCUUUUUCUUCGUGAAAAAGGAAGCUGUAUCAGUUGUUUUAAACAGAUAUAUAUCAGGUAUUUACCAAAUUUAUUCUUGUUGGUCGAAGAAAUCGAACAACUUUGAAGGCAUAAAAUGUUUCGGUUGAACAGCCUCAGCUCAGUUCUGUGCAAAGACAGGAAGCUAGAGGAAUUCAAUUCAUAUUCUGCAGUGUUUUAUAUAAAUGUCUCUGAUAUUCUUAAACUUUGUAAUUUGAUUUCAUAAAUUCCACUUUGUAGAUUAGCAAAAAUUUACAGUGUGAAUAAGAUACAUGAUUCAAUGUUAAUUAAAGUUAAUUUCCUUAUUGUGUAUUAA